AUGAUACACGCACAAAGCGACGGCAUUGUCAACGGAGGCACAGAUGGUCACCAUUACGAUGGGUUGGAUCUCACAGUCCUCGGAAUGAACUCAGGGACAUCCAUGGACGGCAUCGAUUGCGCCUUAUGUCGCUUUCGUCAAGAAACCCCAUCGUCGCCAAUGUCUUUCGAGCUUCUGAGAUACGAUGAGAUCCCAUUGGAACCAAAUAUCAAGAAACGAGUCAUGAAUAUGAUCUUGCACAAUAGUACCACGCCGGAAGAACUUUCGGAAGUAAAUGUUCUCCUUGGCGAAGCAUUUGCGGCAGCCGUUGAGGAAUUCACACAGAAGAACAAUAUCUCGAAACAGAAGAUCGACGCAAUAGGUUCUCACGGUCAGACAAUAUGGCUGCUGAGUAUGCCCGAGGCUGGUCAGGUCAAGUCCGCGUUGACUAUGGCUGAAGGCGCUAUACUUGCCUCCAGGACUGGCAUCACAUCUGUGACAGAUUUCAGAAUCUCGGACCAAGCUGCAGGAAGACAGGGCGCGCCUCUCAUUGCGUUCUUUGAUUCGCUGGUCCUUCAUCAUCCGACCAAACUGAGAGCUUGCCAAAAUAUUGGUGGAAUUGCGAAUGUCUGCUUUAUACCUCCUAACAGAAACGGCAAGCUGAACGCAGAGUUCUUCGAUUUUGACACAGGCCCUGGCAAUGUUUUCAUAGAUGCCGCGAUACGAUAUUUCACGAACGGUGAGCGAGAAUACGACAGAGAUGGAGAGAUGGGUGCCGCCGGAACUGUCGAUCAACAAAUGGUGGACGAGUUCCUCACGACACACCCAUACUUCAGAAAAGAUCCUCCCAAAACCACUGGCCGUGAAGUGUUCAGGGACACGAUAGCUCAUGACUUGAUCAAAGCAGGUGAAGCAAGGGGUCUGUCACCGAAUGACAUUGUUGCAACCAUCACUCGCAUCACUGCUCAAGCCAUUGUUGAGCACUAUCGCCGAUACAUGCCGACACAUUAUGGACCACUAGAAGAGAUCUUCAUGUGUGGAGGCGGCGCCAAGAAUCCCAACAUCACCAAGUACAUGCAGUCAGCCUUUCCAGACACCAGAAUUGUUAUGCUUGAUGAGGCCGGUAUUCCUGCUGAUGCGAAAGAGGCGAUCACAUUUGCUUGGCAAGAUAGACAAUUCGUGCUAGGCAAGGUCAGUCCGGGUGCGAAUUAUCGCAAGGUGUUGAGGCACGGGAUGGCAUUUGGAGACGGUCAAGAUCAUCUGCAGCCUGUGACGGAGUUAGUCAACUACGUCUCUGGUAAAGUCUUCAACAACAAGUGGUAG